GCACUAACAUACCUACGCGAAAAAUAGACUUGGCCAAUGCACAGCUGACAGUUGCUACUGAGGUUGGUUUAUGUGCGUUAGAAAAAACCGUUGCUGGGAUAUUAAGAGCAUCGCUAUGUCUUGUAUAAGUACUUGAAGAAUUUUCAGUUCUUAGUGUCUUUUAUAGGAUUCGCAGGAAAAGGAUUGGUGUUAAAAAAUAUCCACUGGAAUAUUUCUUAGUGUAACGGUAUUAAUUCAUGGAACAAUCAAAGAUGCGGUAAUGGUAGAAAAGUUGUGAAAGUUUUUAAGUAGGAAAGUUUCUUAUAAAAUUAUUGCGGAAUUUUGUCAGUGAGGGUUAAACAUGGAAACUAUGGUGUCUGGUCGGGAUGCAGAAAUGUGCAAUACAUGUGAGUUACAUAGAAAACAGAUGGCUAGACGUAUUUCGUCGAGGAAUAAGUUAUGGAAGUCGUUAACUGUUGCGCUGUGCGUUUUGUUUCCGCUCCUCGAAUCUGUGUGCUGUUAUAAUUUAGACUUAGACACGGUGACUAUACAUAGUGGGGAGACGAAAAGUAUGUUCGGGUUCUCCGUAGCGCUCCACCAAGACCAGGGCUCUAAAUGGUUGCUGGUAGGCGCCCCGAGUGCACAGACGCGCCAGCCCGGUGUGACGCGAGGUGGCGCUGUGUUCCGCUGCUCCAUAGACAACGACGGCUCCUGCCAGGAAAUUCCAUUUGAUACAAAAGGAAACAGUAUUCGCCACAAUGGGACCCACUAUCGUGAUGUUGAAGACAAAAGCGACCAGUGGUUCGGUGCAUCUAUUUACAGCUCUAGCAACGGAAUUAUUGUGGCGUGUGCUCCCCGCUAUGUAUACUUCUCUAAUCGUCUGGACAAACGGGAACCAGUGGGCACUUGCUAUGUGGCGCGUCCGUCAUCAACAGAUUACGAAGAGUAUUCUCCAUGUAGAUCAAAAGUGGAUGGGUUUCCCCUAAAUCGCGACCAGACCCAUAAACAGGGGUAUUGCCAGCUCGGAUUUUCGUCUGUAUUAACUUCACAAGGGAGACAACUUUUGAUAGGAGCAGUGGGGUCUUGGUAUUGGCAAGGUCAGUUGUUUAACUUUGACUUUGAGCAAGGACCAGGCAGGUAUGAGUCCACCAAUGAAGGAAAACAAGACGAGGAUUAUUCAUACAUGGGUUAUUCCACUGCUGUUGGCAAUUUUGAUGGAGACAACAAAGAAGACUACGUGGUGGGUGUACCAAGGGGGAGAACUUUGCAAGGGAAGGUUGUCCUGUAUGCUCAGAACCUCACCAUCAUAGACACGAUUUUUGGUGAACAGUUUGCGUCCUACUUCGGCUACUCGGUUGCAGUGACAGAUGUAGAUGGGGACGGGUUGCACGAUGUGAUAGUGGGGGCGCCACUGUUCUCCGAUUUCAGCACUGAUAACACGUUUGAGACUGGACGAGUCUAUAUAUUCUACCAGACCUCCAACUCCAAUCCAGGGCGCUCAUUUACAAAACGUAACAAAGACGUAUUAGAUGGCCAGGAUUCCCAGGGGCGGUUUGGUCUGGCUGUUGCUGCCAUUGGAGAUAUUGAUUAUGAUAAUUAUAAUGAUAUUGCUGUGGGUGCCCCCUAUGCAGGGAAAGAUGGUCGAGGUGUUGUCUACAUCUACCAUGGCAGCAUGAAAGGCAUCAUCACAGACAUACAACAGGCUAUCAAGGCAGAUGAAGCUUUGCCAGGGUCAGAGACGUUCGGAUGGUCUCUGGCAGGAGGUCUGGACAUGGACCAGAACCAGUACCCGGACCUUCUUGUAGGAGCCUAUGGCUCAAACAAGGCUGCCUUCCUAAGGAGUCGGCCUGUGGUGCGAGUCACUCCAACCAUCAGCAUCCAGCCCCAGAAUAUCACCCUGAGUCCAGAGUUUGAGACCUGCGUGGUAGGCACAGGCACUCAGCAGACCAAAGUGCAGUGCAUCACUGUGUAUGCCUGCCUCCUGUAUGACGGGGUGGGGGUGCCAGACAGACUGGAUUUCACCCUCAACAUCAAGUUUGAUUCCCUGAAGAAUGACACCAGUCGUGUGUACUUCAUACACUCAACUGGCUUGCGGGAAGAGAGCAAGACCUUGAGUGCAUACAAGGGCAAGCAGGAGUGCUUCACCUACUUCGCAUAUCUUGUGAAGAACAUCAGAGACAAGCUGACGCCCAUUGUGGUGGAUUACAGUUUUGAUGUAAUCAAGAAGGUUUCUCGGUCCCGUAGAGAAGUGCAACCCAUCCUGAACCAGAGGAUACCCACCACUGUUAGGGCAGAGGCCAGUAUUAUGAAGAACUGUGGCCCAGACAAUGUGUGUAUACCAGACCUGAGGAUUUCUGCCACGCAGACCCUAGACUACUACACACUGGGUGAGGAGAAGGAGGUGGAGAUACUAGUGUUCAUUGAGAACAGAGGCGAGGAUGCCUUCGAAGCUAUGCUCAACAUCACAUUUCCAGAGGGGGUCACCUUCAACAAGAUCAAGGACAAGAAAUUUGAAAUUCCUGUUUUCUGUGAUGUAUCCAGUGAUAAAAGCUUUGUUGUCUGUGACCUUGGUAACCCACUUCCUUCAAGGUCAAGGACAAACUUUACGCUUGUGGCCACUCCGAAAGGAAUAAACGGAUCAACCCCAGAGAUGGUAUUUAGAAUGGAACUUAACAGUUCGAAUGCAGAGAACAUCAGCACGACUAAGAACAAUGUAGCGGAGGUGCGCAUACAACUGCAACAGGCUGCAGACCUCAGAAUUGGAGGGACACCUAAUCCUGAGCAGUUUGUCUACUCUGACUCGGACGUUAGACAGUACCGGGAUUCUGGGCUCUCUGGACCUCUCAUUGAACACAGAUAUGUCUUAAGCAACCAGGGCCCCAGUUCAGUAAAGACAGCUCUUAUCAAGGUGGAUUGGCCAGGCCAGGAUGAAAAUGGCCUCACUUACCUCUUCCUUGAACAGUUCCCCAUCGCGUCUCGGCCGGACAUCAGCUGUAUUUUGCUCAAUGAAACAAAACAUACCUAUACAGAAACCAAUGGAGACAACAGUCCUGUUAUAAUAAAUCGUCGUAACAAUCGCUCAAUCGCCGUAGACUACAGUCAAGUGAGGCGACAUUCAAGGGAGGCAACUGGUGGUUCCUUAGCUGGAGAAGAUAUAGGCGAGAAAAAUCAGGAGAAGAGGGACAUACAGGAGAGAUCUACAAAAGAAUUGAAAAGAAUUGAAUGUGAGGCAGGGAAGCUGGGAUGCACCCAUAUCCACUGUACCAUAGGGGAGAUCCAGCCCUUUAAGAGCGUCAACAUCACUGUGCGCGGCCGCAUCUGGACUCGAACCCUUGUCCAUAAACGACUGGAUCAACCCUUUUACUUUGUGUCAAAAGCAAAGGCAGAGGUUCUUGCCAUGCCAUACAACAUGAAGAUAGCAACAAGCACACUGUCUAUGUCCGUGACAGAGGUGACAACAUAUGUGAACCCAGAGAGGUUACACCCCAAGCGAAAGGGUGUGGAGUGGUGGAUCAUUGGCGUCUCCAUAGCGGCAGGAAUACUUGUACUGCUUCUUCUCAUUGUGCUGCUGUGGUGGUGUGGAUUCUUUAGACGACGAAGGCCCGAAGAAAAAGCUUAUUUAGUUCCUGCAGAACAGAAUGGAGAAUAUAAUAGAGUAAGGCAGGGCCCACCUGACGCCAAGUACAAAUACACGUAGGAACCUCUCCAAAAUAUUCAUCUAUCCAGUUAGAAAUGUUGUUGAUAUCUACAGAAGUUUCUGUUGGGUUUAGAUUAGUCUGCAAUCCACUCUAGCCUUGGAGGUGUAGUAUCUGUGAAGCUUUCAGUGUUGAUUAAAGGGAACAGGAAACUUAAACCUUUCAUAGAAUUUCUUGAGGAUCUUGUAAAGGAUUUUGGACUUGAAAAUCCUUUUAAGGAUUUUGGACUUCAGAAUCUUAAAAAGAAUGACCUUUUAAGGCUAAUUCCUGAUGAAAAUAAAUAAUUUAGUUGUUGUUUGCCUCUUGUUUUUUACUAUCUAUGUUUCUGUUGCAAAGUUGAAUUGAUUGGAAGAAAAAGUGUCAGCCAUUGGGAUUCUAUAAAGUCUUUGUAAGGAAAUAAACUACAGACAUGUUCAAAAAAUGGUAUUGUUUAUAUCCUUACAUAUUAUUUCAAACAGCAAAUCAAGUACAUGUAGUUGGAACUUUUGUACCUGCUUCCCAUUUCUAUCUCAGAUAACAACAGUGUCACACUUUAUCAUUAUGUGGUGAUACGUUAGGCACUGGACUGGUUUACAUUUAGAAUAUAGCUUUUGACAAACAUUAAAAUAAACUCAUUCUGUUCAAAAGCCCUACAUUCCAACAUAAAUAGUUAAUAUAAAAACAACUUAGUAAUUUGCCUAAAAUGGCAUUAAUUGGAAGAAAAGAGCCAUUUAAUUUAAUAAGAAAGUAGUAAUAGAUUUUCUCAUGAAGAAAUCUUAAACCAAAGUCUCUGUAAUAAUUUUAGUAAACAUAUUGUCAAGUUGAUGCUUCAGAAACAUUUUAGAUCCAAUAAACUUCUCCAUAUGAGCCUCGCUCUGUGAAAAGGUGGUUUAAUGCAUAUGCGUAAAGUGCUGUCCCAGAUAUGCCUGUGCAGUCUGCACAGGCUAAUCACAGAAGACACUACGCUUAAACUUGAUUUUCGGUAAGAAGAGUCUGUCUUGAAACAAAAAACAUCAUAAAAGCGGAAAGUGUUGUCCCUGACUAGCCUGUGCGGACGUGCAUUAAACCACCUUUUCACAGAGCACGGCCCAUAUAUAUAAUUGCUUUUUUUGUAUUAAUUAAAUUUGACUGGAAGUAAGUGAAUGAUACACUAGACCUGUUAUUGACUUGGCUUGCUAAAAUGAACUGUCAUAUUUAAAAAAAGUAUGUUUUGUAUUUUUAAGUUUAAACUCAUCACUAGGUGAUACAGCAAUUGUGAUAGUCAUGUGAAUAAUAAAUGUAACUGUCUAUCUUGUCACUGUGGUAUCUCUAUUACAAACAGGUGAGAUAACUAUAAGCCUUAUGUUCCUUAACAUGUCAGUGUUUGAUAAACCUUAUUUUUUACAAAGAUCCAAUUAAGAUAAUUGAAUUCUAACAUUUGUAAUCCAUUUUUGACAAUAAAGUGAAGGUUUUUAACGAUAUAUUGUGAACAAAUGAGUUAGUUCUUAUUGGUAUAUAAUUAUGCGCCCUCUUUCUUGUUUCAAAUACUGUAUUCCUCAUGUGGUAACUGCACGACUUGUUAAAAAGGAUGUCAACACUUGCAUAAACAUUCUUAUUCACAUGCAUUUGAGGUUGGAUGUAGAAAUGUGUGCCUGUGUAAACAAUAUGUUUUUUGUUUUUUUAUUUAUAUUGUUUGAUGUAGAUGUAAAUUCACUUUAAGUUGUUUUGUUAACUCAAAUCUGUUGGCAAUAUUGUUAUUGUGUAAUAGGACUAUACACACUACACUUUAAGUAUGAUUCACUUUCAAAUAAGGUGUUCACUGUUUUCCAUAUAGAACUACUGUUUGGUGCCAUACUUUAUAUGUUUUUCUUUGUAAAACCUCUAAAAUAUAUGUGAUGCCCAUACUUAUCAUUUGAGCUGGGUCAUGCAAAAAUGUGCUUUUAUGCUUUACGUGACAGGGUAGCUCCAGACCAACCUGUGCAUCUGUAUAAUCUGGCCAGACACCGCAAUUGCGCAGGCUGGUCUGUAGCUAAUCUGGCCACAUGAGGAAUACAUGUUAAACACAUUUGUGCAUGCCGCUGCUAUUUUUCAUUUACCCAUGUAUGUAUACAUGUGUUAUCAAGUGCAAUUUUCAUUUAUAGUUAAACUAUAAUGUUGGACAAUAGCUUCUGUUCUUUUGGGAGUUAACCAAUGUUCCUUUUAGUGGUUGAGAAAUAAAAUAUGAUAACAUAUAUUAUAUUAAAAUGUGUCCAUUUAGUUUUUAGAUAAACACAACUUUAUUAUUUUUUAAAAAUUGAUCAAUAAUUGUGCCAAAGAAAAGUACAAAAAUUAAAAUUCAAUCUUGAAUUAUUCAUUUAGAAGUUUUCUUAUAAGAUUAAUUUUAGGUAGUUAUUUAUUUACUAAUUAUAUGCUUGUUUUUGUUCUCUAUAUGUAUCUUUAGAGAUUCACACCUAAAAUCAAUCAGAUUUUCGUCAGAGAUUAUGGAUUGUUUUAAGUAACCAGUCGUUUUGUCCACUUUUCCUAUGAAUAAAAAAUGUGCAUAUUAUCAUCAUCAUUAUAUAUUUACGUGUCUGGUGUACUAAUACACUCUGUGCCUUAAAUGUAAAUUAUGUAAAUAGUCAUUUUUUGAAAAUUAUGCGUUUUACUUUCAAUAAUUUAUUUCAAGCAAUCAGGUAAAUUUGGAGAGUUUAAUGUGGUAAACGUGUUUGUAAUGUCAUCUGAAUUAAGUCAUUCUUUUUACUAGAAAUAUUUUAUCAACAUUAAACAAAAGUUACAUUUGGGAAAUAAAAAAUGUAAGUUCCGACAAAUAUGAUUCUAAAUACUUUAAUGUCUAAAAUCAAGCUUAAUAUUAUAAUAAGAAUAUUGAAUGAUAUCUUAAGAAUAUGUGGGAGUAAGAUGUGUAAAUUAUUGAAUGCAUUUUCAAAGGUAUUCACUUUACUGUUUUACAAACAUGCACAUUCAAACACUUAUUAAAUAGCCUUCUUGUUGUCAAGAAGAAAUUAUCAUGUUGUGAAUACAUGUUAAUUUGUAUGACGACACAUUUUAUGAAUGUAUGUGUGCUUAAGCAAAUCAAUGUAUAUUAUUAGCUAUACAAUUGUGAUGCGUGUAUGAGUCUUUAAUGCGGAAGCCACAACAUUCAUGUAUAUUCUUUCCCCAAUGAUUUUUUAAAUGAAUGACUAUUUGGUCCAUGACCAAACAUAUUCGGGUGGGAGAUUUACUUAAAGCUGAUUUUUGACAGUCAUGAUAAUGCUUUCAACAAUUAUUACAGAUAUAAUGCUUAUAUAGUUGUUUGUUUGCGAGUUUUAUGUAAUAAUAUGUACAGUUUGUUUGAAUUUUUUGAAGAAAACUAAAGUAAUAGUGUCCAUCAUUAGGCAUUGCUAAUGAUAACUUUUUAUUUUGAUGCGAUCAUUGAUUUAUACGUAAAGUUGAAAUAAGACCCAUUUGAUGGUUUAAUAAACAUUAAAUAAAAGUUCUUCUCAGUCAAUUCAUUCACCUAGAAUUAGAAAUAAUAGAACUUAAAAAUCGCACCAAAUAUAAAUUAAUAUAAUAUUUGUUGCAAAUCUUGCAAUAACGUAAUGAAAGUACCUGCUCUGCCUGAUGUAAAAAUGUCAAUACUUUUUCAAAUGUAUACAUGUACAUUGUGAUAAAAUGUAUCGCUAUUUAUAAAAAACAAACUUGUUAUGAGUGUUAAUAGUAAAGUUCAUGCCUGUAAACGUGAGAUAAUUAAUCACUUAGUGUUGUCAUUUUAGUAAUAAAAGUUUAUACAUGUUUUAA